AUGGGAUUGCUCAGUCUUUUGAUCCUGGCAGCACUUAUUCAAGGCCACCUGGCUCUGACUAUCACAGAGUGUGGAUCACAUGCCAGACGGCCAGAGUACACUGACAUCUCAGUAAGAUGUGGGACUGAAUCUAUAGACCUGGCUAUCCUGAUCUGUCCAGUCAUUUACACUGGAUACAAUGAGAGCCUGUUGAUUCUGAACCACAUCGCGGAUAAUCCGAACUGUAGAGGAACACUGGACGCAUCUGUGACUCCCCCCGUGGUGCGAUUCAGUUUCCCACUUAGGCAGACAGACGCUUGUGGCAGCAUCUUCCUGACCACAAGUGCACCAGGCACUGGAAUAUUCUCUGACUUCUCAAACAUCCAGUCAGUAAACAUAAGUGGAAUUAUUCGUUCCUACGACCCUACAAUUGGAACCGUGACCUACAAUGCAGAGCUCAAGUAUCUCUACUCUUGUGCAUACCCACUUGAGUAUCUCAUCAACAAUACCCAAGUUGAUGUGUCAUCUUCCUCCAUUGCAGUGAAGGACAACAAUGGUAGCUUCAUCAGCACUCUGAGUAUGCAACUUUUCAGUGAUGUGAACUACACAUCACCCUUGAUAAUACCUCCACUGGGUAUUGAGCUGAGAACUAAUAUCUAUGUGCAGGUUAUUGCUGCCAACUUGACUUCACAGUACCAUGUGCUUCUCGACCGUUGCUAUGCCUCCAUCUCGGUCCAUCCAACCAACUCAACUUUUUUUAAUCUCUUCGUCUCGUGCUCAAGAGACCAGCUGACAACCAUGAUGGAAAAUGGGGACAGCCAGCAAGCGAGGUUUCACUUUCCAGCCUUCCGUUUCAUCGAACAACAGAACCUGACCAUCUCCACUUACUACCUGCACUGUAUUACCAGGCUGUGUGAACAGAGUACCUGCCCCCAAUUCAAGCAAUGCAACAACAGGAGGAGAAGAGAGGCUGAGACGACCACCAUUAAAAACGGGCUCUCGGACGCAACCCUCAUCACUUCUGUCCCCAUCAAGACUCGGACAGACAGUCCUCUCGUUUCCAAAGAAGAAGUCACCGGCGGCAGACACGAUCCAGGGGAUGGUGCUGCCGUAGGUCUCGGCAUAGCAGUGGGCGUGCUCAUUCUGGUUGGCGCCAUUGCUAUCCUCAUGGCUUUCUCAUUCUAUCGCCAACUGAGGAGGCUAACUUAA